AUGAAGCAUAAUGUAGAUGGAGGUUUAAACAAGCUGAAAGCCAGGCUAGUUGUGAAGGGCUUUAGUCAGAGAUAUGGUCUGGACUACAUGGAAACAUUUGCUCCAAUGAGCGGACUCGAUACAAUCGAUUGUUUGGUUCUUUGUAGUCGCUCAGAACAGAUGGACAAUCCAUCAAAUGGAUGUCAAGUCUGCAUUCCUCAAUGGAUUCUUGGAAGAGGAGAUAUACAUCGAGCAACCUCUAGGAUUCAUAAUGCCUGGAGUGCUAGUGAGCCAACACUAUAUGUUAAAAGAAAUCGAGCUGAAACACAGCUCAUUGUCUCACUCUAUGUUGAUGAUCUUCUAGUGACUGGAGGAGACAAGUUCAUGUUAGCUGAUUUCAAAACAAAAAUGAAGGAAAUGUUUGAGAUGUCAGACCUGGGAUUGAUGACAUAUUUCCUAGGAAUGGAAGUAAAUCAAGCAGAAGGAGGAAUCUUCUUGAGACAAAAAUCAUUUGCCAUGAAAGUUCUAGCCAAAUUCUCAAUGGAGAAUUGUAAACCAACCAGCACACCUAUGGCUGUUGGCAUGAAGCUAUCGAGCCAAGAAGACCAUGAAUCUGUCUGUGAAACUGAUUACAGAAGCCUUGUUGGUUGUUUACUGUAUCUGACAGCAAUAAGACCUGAUAUUCUGUUUGCUAUGAGCAUGCUAUCAAGAUUCAUACAUUGCUGCAACCAGCAGCAUUACAAAGCUGGAAAACGGGUGCUGAGAUAUAUCAAAGGCACCUUGAGCCAUGGAAUACAUUUCAGUAGGGCUAAAGAAUUGAAACUGAUUGGCUACACUGACAGCGAUUGGGCUGGUUCAAAAGAUGACAUGAAGAGCACCUCUGGUUAUUCUUUUACACUUGGCUCAGCUAUGAUUUGUUGGAGUUCAAGAAAACAAACAAUGGUGGCUCAGUCGACAGCUGAAGCUGAGUAUGUAGCAGCUGCCAAUGCUCUUAAUCAAGCUAUGUGGCUGAGAAAAAUUUUGAGCAAUUUGAACCUACAGCAGAAUGAAGCAACUGUGAUACAUUAUGACAACAAGUCAGCAGUUGCUAUUGCUAAAAAUUCUGUCUUCCAUGGCAGGACAAAACAUUUCAACAUUAAACUGCAUGUGAUAAGAGAAAUGGAACAAGCUUGA